AUGGAGAGGAACGGCUUGAACAACAAGUUGAAAGACUGCAUCAAGAACAACAAUAAUAUUAACAUUAUGGCUAAGGAUUCCCUGAACUGCGAUAAUAGCCAAAGCAAUGGAGAUGAUUAUGUCAAUGGGUUUUCAUGGCCUCCAAGAUCUUACACGUGUAGCUUCUGCAAAAGGGAAUUCAGAUCUGCUCAAGCUCUGGGGGGCCAUAUGAAUGUUCAUAGGAGAGACAGAGCCAGGCUGAGACAGUCACCCCCGCCAAGGGACGGUCAGUACCCUAUUCUCAACCUUAACUUUAACCCUAACCCUAACCCUAACCCUAACCCUAAUUUCCCAUCCUCAUCAUCAUCAUCAUCACUAUCAUCUCCUUCAACAAGGCUCACACCAUUCGCUCGCCCUUUACCUUCUUUAGUUUCUCCUCUUUCUUCUUUAACUUCACCAUCUUCUGCGUCUCCUAGCGAAGUGAAAAAAUGGGGUUUAGUUGGUAGCUUAUUUGAUUCUUUGAGUCCCAAGAGCACGGAUGUAGCUGAAAUGAAGUGUGACAAACCAUUUCAUAAGGGCAAAGAAUUUGAUGGGUGCAAGAUUUUGAAGAAGGCUGAGAUUGUCAGGUUAGACCUGGAGAUUGGUCUCCUCGGUGACUCAAAGGAGGAUGAUUUAGAUUUGGAACUUCGCUUGGGAUUCUCUUAAAUGAGCUUUUCCAACAUCUUUGUUUUGGCUAAUUAACUGCAUCAAUUUACCAUCUGAGAAGAUUAAAUAUAGCAAGAUGUAUUAAAUAUAUUGUUUCUAGCUAUUUGGCAUGUAGUUCCUCUUUUAUGGCUUAAAUCAUCUCAAUCAUUUCCUGAA